AUGACGCAUGAGAUGAGUGGUGUCGUGGAUCCUGAGACUUUGUACACAAAGCAGAACUGCAUCGGUGGUGGUAGUUUUGGUAAGGUUUACAAAGGAGUUGACAAGCGCACUGGGCAGGCUGUAGCAAUAAAAGUUAUCGAUGUCGAGAAUGCCGAAGAUGAAGUCGAAGAUAUUAUUCAAGAGAUCUCCAUUCUUUCCGAGUUACAUUCCCCGUUCGUUACGCAAUAUUAUGGAUCAUAUCUGAGAGGUUCAGAUCUUUGGAUCGUUAUGGAGUUUUGUUCGGGUGGUAGCUGUGGAGACUUGAUGAAGCCGGCUGCCAAUGUUUUACUAGGCGCCAAUGGACAAGUCAAGCUGGCAGAUUUUGGUGUUUCGGGUCAAUUGUCUGCUACCAUGACUAAGAAGAAUACAUUUGUUGGAACACCCUUCUGGAUGGCCCCGGAGGUUAUCAAGCAAUCUGGAUAUGAUCACAAAGCGGAUAUAUGGUCUCUGGGCAUUACAGCGCUCGAACUAGCGAAUGGCGAACCUCCAUACUCCGAUAUCCAUCCAAUGAAAGUUUUGUUUCUCAUUCCAAAAAAUGCUCCACCAAAGUUGGAAGGGAACUUUACAAAAGCUUUCAAAGAAUUUGUCGAAUUGUGCCUUCAACGAGACCCAAGGGAACGUCCUUCUGCUAGAGAAUUACUGAAGCAUCCUUUUGUGCGAAGAGCCAAGAAAACCUCAUAUUUGACGGAGUUGAUAGAGAGAUACGAACGGUGGGCAGUACAUCAUAAGGGUGACGAUGAUGACUCGGAUAAUGAACGAGAGGAAGCACCCCCACCCAAACCUGUCAAUGAAGACUUGUGGGAUUUCGGUACGGUCCGACCGGUUGGUGGAAGAGUAAAUGGUUAG